AAUAAAUUUUACGGGCGGUGGCCCAUGCUCUAGCGAGUCUGUCGCGUGUUGACAUGGAGGAGGAUUUGGUGCUCCAUUAAGUUCCUCCUUCCAUCGAUCAACUUUUUUGGCAGCUGAUGCUGCUGGUUUAGUUUGAGGGCCGGGUUGUUUUGUGUUUGUUGGCAAAAAAAAAAAAAAAAAAAAAAAAAAUUUCCUCCUGAUUUUCAUUAAAAACAUAUUCUAAUCUGUAAAUCCGCAGACCUAGAUUUGUUGGCCACUACUACUUUUUUUUUUUUUUUUAAGUCUCUUUCAGGGCAUUUUGGAGCGUAUCCAAAAUAAAAAAAUAAAAAAAGUGUCCCUAUUAAUGUGGGGUUGGUAUCUUAAUUUUCUGAAAAAGGUAUAUAUAUUAGGUGCAUUUAAGUCCAAAAAAAAAAAAAAAAAAUUGGAAUUGUAAUUCCUCCACAUUUCUCCCAGAUUCAUCCUCCUCCUCAUGAUUCUCUCAUAAUCAACCUGAUUCUAUCCUUCUACCCAGCUUUUGAUCCUCCCAACCCCAACCCACAAAAAUCUACAUUAAAACCCAAAUGGGUCCAAGACAAUAGUCCUACAAAUUUCAAAGUCAAUGCCCCCCCCUUCAGAUCUGACAUCUGUGCUAAUUUUCAGUUCUUUUAUCAACCCAGAAAAAUCUACAUUGUUCACUCCUCUUCAGACCCAAAUUCAAUCUGAUUCAUGCAAAUAAAAAAUCACUUCAAAAACAUUGGUACAAUGAGCUCUAUGCCUCUUCUCACCUUUCUCCAUAUAGUUCUGUAUUUGCAAAUGCUGAGUGCUCAGUCACCUGAACUCUCAGCCAGAGCACUUGAUUCACUGCUUCAAGGCUAUGCUUUCAAGGCCUUUUCCAGGCCAAGAACCGGCGUUCCUUACAAUGCCGGCGUCCCGGACAGCUUAACCGGAAUCAAGGUCUCGGCAUUGAGGCUGAGGAGUGGCAGCUUGAUGAGAAGAGGAUUCAAUGGUUACAGGGAAUUUGAAAUCCCAAUUGGUGUUGUUGAGCAGCCUUAUGUGGAGAGGCUUGUUUUGGUGUACCACAAUUUGGGGAAUUGGUCUUCCUUGUACUACCCUUUGCCUGGGUAUGCCUAUCUAGCCCCUGUUUUGGGGCUGUUGGCUUACAAUGCAUCUGAUUUAUCUGAUUCAGAUCUCCCUGAAUUGGACAUCAGAGCGUCGAAAAAGCCCAUUUUGAUCGGGUUUGGGAAUGUGGAACUAGCACCAAUUUGGUUGGUGCCAAUGUGUGUUUAUUUUGGAUUGGAUGGUUCAGUGGAGUUCAACAAUGUACUAAGUGGAAAUGUGUGUUCAACUUCUAAACAAGGCCAUUUUGCUAUUGUUGUGGAGUCUAAUGCUCCUCCGCCAAUGCCUGCCGGAGGAAAUCCACCACCUAGCGGCGGCGGUGGAGGUGGUGGUGGUGGUGGUGGUGAGAAGGAUGAGUAUAAGGUGUGGAUAAUUGUUGGGGUUUUGGGGGUAGUGCUGGUGUUGGGUAUGGUAGGUGUUUGUGUAAGGAGGUGCAGGCACAGGAAAAGGAUACAAACUAUGGAAAAACAGGCAGAAGGGAGUGUGCCCUUGCAAACAACCACUGUUGGGAAUUCUAGGGCACCGACGGCUACGGCGACUCGGACAAAACCAUUGUUGGAGAAUGAACUUGUGCCUUAGUGAAUUAGUCUCUUGUUGGCUGCAAAGAUUUUUCCAUACUCAAUACAAAUUCAUUCUCAUUUUUAAUUUUUCUUUCUGACUAUUGUAGUGUGUCCAUAUCUUUUGUGAUAGUCCCCAAUUGUUGU